AAAUGGUUAAUAUUAAUGAAACAGAGCCGGAAAAGUCACUUAGGCUACCCUGUAUAUUGCAUAUGGAUUCUAUCAAGGGAUAUCAUAGUGGUCUGAAAGACCUUGUGCAAAGUUAUUUGUGCGAAGAAUGGAAAGAGAGGAAAAAGGAUACAUGUGGAGAAGACCUCUCAUCAAGAUUCUUGAAUAUGCGUUUUCUCUCAGUUGAGGUACCACAGCAGGAAAACUCAUAUGAUUGUGGCCUCUUUUUACUUCAUCAUCUAGAGCUCUUCCUGGAUGAAGCUCCAUUUAAUUUCAAUCCAUUGAGAAUAACCAAGUUCUCCAACUUUCUCAAUUCGAACUGGUUUCCACCUGCGGAGGCUUCUCUCAAGCGAACAUUUAUACGUAGGUUAAUAUAUGAACUUAUGGAAAACCAUGGUUCACAUGAAGGCUUUUCCCCGAACAAUGGUGAUGACUGCCUCUGCUCAGAAUAUAAUGACAACAGGAUUGGUGGUCAGUGUCCUUUAAUCAACGGAGAGGCAACUUUCCAUUCUGGCCAAGCAAUAGAAUUUGCUCCACCUUUCAAUACUUCCAGUAUGGUUCUUAAGGAGACCAGUGAGCAUCUUCAAGUAGCAGAUUUUUGGGAGGAGCAUCUUCCAGUACUGGAUUUUUGGGAGGAGCAUCUUCCAGUACUGGAUUUUUGGGAGGAGCAUCUUCCUCCAGUACUGGAUUUUUGGGAGGAGCAACCUGCAAAGAAGAGGCGGCUUAUGCAUUUUCCUUGUGGAAGUGAUGGAAUCUCGACUUCUUUUACCUUCAUAUAGGUUUUGCUUUUGCAACAUGUAAAUAGUGGCAAGUAGCAGAUUUUACUUAGUUGUUGGGCAAAAACACAUUGUUUUUGUGACUCCAACACACUCAUUCUUCAAGCCUGAUAAGAUAUAUAUAGCUCACAGAAUGUACAAAAAUAGAUAAUAUAAUUUGAGACUUCACAUUGUUUCUCUA